UUUGGAGAUGAUACAUUGCUCGAGGUUGGCCUGACAUAUUGAAGAAGUUGGGAAACCUUCUGCCCUAGACUGAGUACCUACCGUACUGUCGUUAUGGCCACCAAGAAACGCUACGCCCUGGUCGGCACCGGCGGGCGCUCCAGCUUCUUUUACACAGCCAUCGCCACCGACUACCGCACCACUUCAUGCAUAGUCGGCCUUUGCGACACGAACCAGACACGCAUGGACUACGCCAACAGCCGGCUGACCGCCCUCGGCCACGGCGCGGUCCCAACCUUCCCAGCAACCGACUUCGACAAGAUGAUCUCCACCACCCAGCCGGACGAAGUAAUCGUCACGACCAUCGACCGCACGCACCACAUCUACAUCAUCCGGGCGCUCGAGCUGGGCUGCAACGUGAUCACGGAGAAGCCGAUGACGAUCGACGCCCCCCGCUGCGAGGCCAUCUUCUCGGCUGUCUCCCGCACCGACCGCUCCGUGCGCGUGACCUUCAACUACCGGUACGCGCCGCACAACACCCGGGUGUUCGAGCUGCUCCGGUCCGGGGCCAUCGGCACUGUCACGUCGGUGCACUUCGAGUGGCUGCUCAACACGUCGCACGGCGCCGACUACUUCCGGCGGUGGCAUCGCGACAGGCGAAACAGCGGCGGCUUGCUCGUGCACAAGAGCACGCACCAUUUUGACCUGGUAAAUUUCUGGCUGCAGACCAGGCCGCUGUCGGUGUACGCACAGGCGGACCUGAAGUUCUACGGGAAGGAGAACGCAGAGUCGAGGGGGGUGACCGAGUUCUACUCCCGAGCAAGGGGCAGCGAGGUUGCCAAGAGGGAUCCGUUUGCUCUGGAUCUGGAGAGUGUUCCGACGCUGAAGGCGCUGUACCUGGAUGCGGAGCACGAGGACGGGUAUUAUCGCGACCAGAGCGUGUUUGGGGAUGGGAUUUCCAUCGAGGACACGAUGAAUCUCCUGGUGCGAUACCGCAAUGGCGCGGUCAUGACCUACUCGCUCACCGCCUACGCGCCGUGGGAGGGCUUCCGGGUGAACUUCAAUGGCACGGGUGGCAGGCUGGAGAUGGAGGUUGUCGAGAACAGCUAUGUGAAUUCUGGCGGGGACCAGUCGUUGGAGGGGUCCAUCGAGAAGAGGACCAUCUUGCUGCGGCCGCUGUUCGCGCCGCCGAGGGAGAUCGAGAUCGAGGCAAGCAGGGGUGCGCAUGGCGGUGGUGACAAUGUCCUGCUACAGGACCUGUUCGGCGAGCCGGUCUCGGACGAGUACAUGCGGGCUGCAAGUCACAUUGACGGCGCCGCCUCGAUAUUGACGGGCAUUGCGGCCAAUCGGUCGAUCGCUACCGGCCAAGUGGUCUUUGUCGAUAACAUCCUGAAGGUGCCUGGGUAGGGCGUUGUGCAUGUACAAGUGCAUACAUAAGUAACAUCCGUGUGAAUCAGUACAGCAAGAUGUCGUCCAUCAUGCCUCUCAAGC